GGUAAUCAAUGCUCCCGCUUACUGAUAAUGUAGUCCGAUAAAAACAGUUGUAUUAAUAAGACAUGAACUGUGUUCGCGACAUGUUGAAAUAAUUAUAAAAUUAAGGUUAUGUUAAGUAAUUAAUAAAAUGGCAUUUGCAACAAGAAAGUGGUUAGUGAAUUUAAGGAAUUUAAAUAAAUAUAACAAAUUCUUCUCUGUAGCUAAAAGUAGAUCGUUUUCGUCAUGGAACUACACAGGUGAAAAAAAUAUUAUUAAAGAGGAAAGACGAUUGAAAUUCAAAUGGAUACACACGACAAGCGUUGUUAAUAAAACAGUAGCCUUCAAACUUUCCGAUAUCGGGGAAGGAAUACGAGAAGUUGUUUUAAAAGAAUGGUUUGUCAAAGUAGGGGAUAAAGUACAACAAUUUGACAAUAUUUGCGAAGUCCAAAGUGAUAAAGCAGCGGUGACAAUAACCAGUAGAUACGACGGAAUCGUCACAAAACUUUACCAUGAAGUUGACCAAACUGCAUUGGUUGGACAACCUCUAGUCGACAUUGAAUUAGAAAGUUCAGGAGAAGAAGAUGCAACGCCCGAAAGUAACUUGGCCAAUCCAGCGAUAAAUACGAAGACUGAGCAUAAGAAUACGCAAAAAGUUAAAGUAUUGACUACUCCAGCCGUGAGAAGGAUAGCGGCGCAGUUUAAAGUAGAUCUAAGUACUGUGACUGCUACUGGAAGAAAUGGAAGACUACUCAAAGAAGAUCUAUUGUCUCAUCUUAACAUUAGCGCAGAUAAGUCUAAUGAUAUACCAAAAAGCGAAUCGUCAGAACAAGCUACUUCUAUACCUGCAGCUGGAGUCAAAGCUACAGCUGAAAUUGUCCUAGAAGAUAAAAUAGUACCUAUCACUGGAUUUACAAAAGCUAUGGUGAAAUCUAUGACAGAGUCUUUGAAAAUUCCACAUCUUCUAUUGAGUGACGAAUAUGAUGUAACAAAGUUAGUAGAAGCAAGACAGAGUCUAAAGGAAGUCGCUCAAAAACGAAACGUUAAAUUGUCUUAUAUGCCUAUCGUACUCAAAGGCGUAUCUUUGGGUCUCUCGCGUUAUCCAAUACUAAACAGCAGUCUCGACAGCACUUGUGAAAAUCUCAUCUAUAAAGCUAGUCAUAAUAUUGGUUUCGCAAUGGACACACCUAAUGGUUUAGUUGUGCCUGUAAUUAAGAACGUACAAAAUAAGAGUAUUUUAGAAAUAGCUGUAGAAAUGAAUUUGUUGCAAGAGAAAGGCUCAAAAGGGCAACUUGGGCUAAACGACUUAACAGGUGGAACUUUCACAAUUUCUAAUAUAGGCGCAAUCGGAGGAACAUAUGCAAAACCAAUUAUAUUUUCACCUCAAGUAUCAAUCGGUGCUUUAGGAAAAAUACAGGUAUUGCCGAGGUUUGACUCUGAAGGAAAUAUCACUAAGGCCCACAUUUUAUCUGUGAGUUGGUCAGCUGACCAUAGAGUUAUUGACGGAGCUACUAUUGCUAAGUUUUCAAACCAAUUAAAAGAAUAUUUCGAAGAACCUUAUAAACUUCUUUUAGAUCUGUAGUAAUUAAUAUAUUGUGUCUAUUGCUAUGUUUUUGUUAACUUUUAAAAAUAAAGCAACUUUAAUAUUA